UGGCCUGAGGGUGAGUACAUUUUUAGCAAAAUUCCAUUUUUGGGUGAAACAUUUCUUUAAUGCAGCCAUGUGUGGGACUUUGACCUACAAAAGAAGACAGUCAAUUAAUAGCCAUUGUAAAUGGAGAAAACAUUGUUUUUAAGUAGUUAAUGUGUUUAUUUUACUUUCAUUUAUGUGGCUGUUAGCUUCUCUCAGGCUCAUUAAUGGACACAACUCUUGCUUUGGAAGAGUGGAGAUUCUUUAUAAUGGAAUAUGGGGAACAGUGUGUGAUAAUGGCUGGGAUCUAUCAGAUGCUGCAGCGGUGUGUAGAGAGAUGGGCUGUGGGGAUGUGAUCGAGGCGAAGAGCUCUGCUCAUUUCGGUCAGGGAUCAGGGCCUGUAUGGAUAAGUGAUUUACAAUGUUCUGACACUGACUCAAGUCUAAGAGGUUGUAAAUCAAGUGGAUGGGGAAGAGGCACUUGUGGACAUGAGAAAGAUGCAGGAGUCAUCUGUAAGGAUAAUGUUAGGCUGGUCAACAGCACCAACUCCUGUUAUGGACGAGUGGAGGUUCUUCGUGCCGGUCAGUGGGGAACAGUGUGUGAUGAUGGAUGGGAUGCAUCAGAUGCUGCAGUGGUGUGUAGACAACUGGGCUGUGGAACAGUUUUGGAAGUAAAGAAUGCGGCUUAUUUUGGAAAGGGUUCAGGACCAAUUUGGAUGAAUAAUAUAAACUGUUUUGGGAAUGAGGCUACAUUGAUGAGCUGUUCAUAUAAUGCAACUCCAAACAGAUGUGACCAUGAGAAAGAUGCCGGAGUCAUUUGUGGAUGUAAGUGCCAAUGCUUUCAUUUUAGUUAGUGAGGUAAUACAGCAAUGUGUUUUCUUCAUGGAGACAUUGAUGACUUUUGAUUUGAUGGUUUUGGUACCCCAAAAUGCCCAUGAAAUGUCAUGCUCAAAUAUGCUGGUAACAUGUAGGCUUUAAAGAAUAGUGGAUGCUCUUUAAAGCCUACAUCCACGUGGAAAAAAGUUUGUUAUACUGGUGCAUUUGAGCAAGAAAUCAAAUUUUUCACACUUUCUCACAUUCACUCAGCUGUUAAAGUCCUGUUGAGGGUUGAAGUGAAGGCUAACCUUGGUGUUGACCCAAACACUGCUGGAAUCAUAAAUAAACUUUCAGAAGAGGUAAGAGUAGUGGAACGAGUGACAUUUAGCUGUAUCUUUCACUACUUUUUUGCUGUCAUCUACUGGCUGUUUGUGUUAUUAUUCUGUUCUCUGUAUUUACAUUCAUUUGAAUCUCAUAGAUUGGGAAGAAGCUACGAAUAAAUGGAACUUUCUCACUGAAAACUCAGACCGAUGGAAAUAUCUUCCAUAAGAGAAUAGGGGCUUCACCCUGAUGAAUUGGUCAUUUCUGGAAUACAGAGAAGAAAACAAGCUAACACUAUCUAAUAGGACAUUGAUUGCUUCAUCCUUCUUUCAGUCUGACCUUUGUAAAUUAAAUUAAUAAUUAUCUUACAUAUUUUUCCAUAUGACAAU